AUGUCAUCGACUGAAUCAUAUUGCGGGCCAUCGCAUCGGGUUCACUCUGCCUACGAAUCUCGAUCUUUGCCUAAUAGUCCACACUCAAAUGAGUUAUUAUCAAAUGAACCCCCUUCGAGUGAUGUGUUGGAGUUUUAUCGUCAAAAGGUCGCCAUUCUUGCUGCUGAUGAUGAAUAUUUUCAGAAGCAAUUAGACGAAAUAUCAGAAGCCAUUGAUCAUCAACAUUCUUUGCGUAUCCAGCUUCAAGAAAAAGAGGAUGCCAUAAUGAAUUUAAAAAAUCAAAUCUCGAAAUUGGAGACAGACUUACAUGCUGAACGCAACCACGUUCUACGCCUCUACGCUGAAAAUGAUCGACUGAAACUCCGAGAGAUUGAUGCUCGUAGAAUGAUUGAGCAGUUAAAGCGUCUUGCGGAUAUGUCGUUUGCGACACCUUCUUCUUGUUCUUCUUUGCAUAGAAUUGGAGUUCGACGUGAUCCUCUUGAGGGCUAUAUUGAUGAGAAUGAAAAAAUGUUGGGAAAGGAGAAAUGUGAACCGGACUUAGAUAACGCUCAAAGAUCUCUUGUUGCUCUUCAAAAACAGUUUACUGAACAGACAAUGGCGUUUGAAGAACGUAUUCAGAGUCUCCUAGUUGAUCAAGAAAGACGCAUUCGAGAUGAAGGGGAGAGGGCUGAAAUGUAUCGAACACGAGAGGCUGAGCUUUUUGACCAAUUGAAGCGAAGUCAGUUAAUUUUACGAGAAAUGGUCAGUGAAUAUCUCCACUUGAGACUCAAACAUCGAAUUUCCGAAAAAGCCUGGAUCGCUGAGAAAGAAGAAUUAAUUGGUUGCAUUAAUCUAGGAGUUCUAGAUUCUAAGUUGGAUUUAUUCCAAAACAAACCUACUACUUUUCAGUUAAAUUCGACUCCGCUUCCAAGGCUUUUUAAAACAGAGCUAUCUGACGAACUAAAUUAUGAAAAAUUGGAAGGUUUUCAAAAACGCGAAUGGGAACUAAGAAGAACAAUUGAGGAACUCGAGGCCCAAUUUGACCAACAACAUAAACUCGUAAAACGCUAUCGCAAUCAGGUAUUGCAAAUCGAAGAGACUAAGUUGAAAAUUAUGGAGGAAUGCAGCCAGUCGAAAAAUAUUUGUAACAGCAAAAUUAAACAAUUGAAGGAGAGGAGUCAACUAUGCACAAAGAGGUAUGAAGAUCUUGAACGCCGAAGAAAGCAUGAAAUUGAGGGGUAUCAAACUGAUAUCCGUUCGCUGAAAAGGAAACUUGCAGAUGCGGAGUCGAAACUCAGACAGGUUAUUCAAGAAGCUGAAACAGAAACCGGAACGCUAGUGAAAGAUCGAAAUCCCUGGAAGACAAUCAAAAUGAGUGCAGAAACACCGCGUAGCAAAUUCUUGGAAGAAGAACUCUGGAAAUUAAAGGAUUUAAUGCAUGUUUUAAGUACGAAGACGACUUGA